AUGGCCUUACUCCCAGGCUAUGGCAAACGUGAGAGCGGGGACGACAAUUUCGGGGUGGACUGGGUGAUACAUUACUACUUCGGCGAUAUCGAGGAAUCCCAAGCUAUCGAGGAGUAUACUACGCUCAUCCGCGACCUGGAUGGAGUCGGCCUUGAGACAGAGGUGAGGCAUGGCAAUGGCCCAUCGCUGUUGGUCUUUGUCAAAGCUCCUCGGCAACUUCUGGGCAACUGGGUAUAUAAGGCAAGAGUACGAGACUGGCUCUACGGGAUCACGCAGGUUCGCCCCGUAGGCGACAGUCAGACCAUCAUCGAGGGCGAGACGGAGGCCGAGGAUCUACGCUCGAUCAACCAUCUUGUCAGUUGGCAGAAAGAGAAUGGCGGUGCCGGGAUCACUGUCAACUUUGGGAAGUGGAAAAACGUCAAGGCAUCGUUUCCCCUCCACAAUCAAGCCGCAAACCGAGAAUUGCUCCGCAGGUGGAGCCGAACGACCAUCUUCACGAAUCGAGACCUUGAUGCAAUCCGAGCUUUGUUCGGUGAGAAGGUUGCCUUCUACUUUGCAUUCACACACACCUAUUCGCUUUUCCUCGUGUUCCCCGCGGUGUUUGGCGUGAUCUGCUGGCUAUAUUUCGGCUCCUACUCCAUCGUCUUUGCCGUGGUCAACUGUUUAUGGUGCAUCGUGUUUGUGGAAUACUGGAAGCUGAAAGAGACCGACUUGAGCAUCCGAUGGGGCGUGAAAGGGGUCGGAGUACUCAAGGCGAACCGGAUACAAUAUAUAUGGGAUAAAGAGGUGACGGAUCCCUUGACGGGAGAGGUUCGAAAGGUGUUUUCCACAAGGAAGCAAGUCCUCAGGCAGCUGCUUCAGAUCCCCUUUGCCCUGGUGGCCGGCCUGGCGCUGGGAACGUUGAUAGUCGUCAUCUUCGCUAUGGAAGUCUUCAUCUCAGAGGUCUACCAGGGACCUUUCAAGGCCUAUUUGGAUUUCCUCCCCACGAUACUUUUCUCAAUUUCCUUGCCGAGCAUCAAUUCGGCGCUGACCAGCAUCGCAACCCGGUUGACCGACUACGAGAACCACCGCACUGAGGAUCAAUAUGAGCUGGCCCAAACCCAGAAGACGUUCGUUUUGAACUUCAUUACUUCGUUUCUUCCCAUCAUCCUGACUGCCUUUGUCUAUGUCCCAUUCGGUGAACGCAUCGUUCCCUACUUAGAUGUGUUUCGCGUCGUUACAACCAACAGAACCUCGUCCUUCCUGUGGUCUGACCAGGCGACCGCUGGCCAGCAAGGAAUUAGCUCCUUCCACGUUGAUCCUUCUCGUCUGCGACAAGAGGUUGUCUAUCUAACGGUGACUGCUCAGGUGCUGAGCUUCGGGGAGGAGAUGAUAUUGCCGUACAUCAAGCGCAUCUUGAUACGGAAAUAUCGUCACUACAAAAACAAGAGCUCCGAGGCGGCCGUCCGCCAACGCCGAUACUCGGAAGCAACCAACAUCUUGUUGGUGGAUAAUCCAGACGAAUCCCAUUUCUUGAAUAGGAUUCGCAAUGAGGCCGAAGCCGAUGUCUAUAAUGUACAGGAUGACAUCCUGGAGAUGUGCAUUCAGUUUGGCUACUUGACUCUGUUUGGGGUGGCGUGGCCCCUGGUGCCGCUGGGCUUUCUGCUGAACAACUGGCUGGAGCUGCGCGGCGACUUCUUCAAGAUCAGCUCCGAGUGCCAGCGGCCACCUCCCAUCCGAGCGGACACGAUUGGACCGUGGCUGGACGUGCUCAGUUUCCUCAGCUGGCUGGGGACUCUAUCCACCGCGGCCAUUGUGCAUCUGUAUCGGAGCGGGAAUAUGGAGGACGUGCAACUGUGGUCCCUCCUGUUGACGGUCUUUCUGGCCGAACAAGCCUAUCUCGCCUUGCGGUUUCUCGUGCGGACCACUCUGGAGAAGAUUGGGUCUGACGCCGUUCGUCGCGAGGAGGCACGCAAGUAUGCGGUGCGGAAACGGUACCUCGAGACCUUCUCCGAAGAAGCGGCGGAGCUGUCGAAGAGACCUAAGCCACGGGUGAGAUUCAACGAGACGACGGACGUGGUCAUUACCCCGACGAAGACUAGCUUUGGCGAUGGCGAUGGCGAUGAUGAUGAUGAUGAUGAUCCAGGGUUCCAAAGAAAACUCCGAAGAAGAUACGAGAGGCUAAAACAGGCCGAUGACACAGAUGGCUAUGACAACGACCAACCCGACGCACCCUUCAAAGGCGGCCUCUGCCGGACAGACAGCGGCACGCUACAAGACGCCGAGCGAGCCAUGCGCUUCUGGUCAGCGCAGAAAACGGGCCAGGACACCAUCGAUGCGGGCGUCAAACUGAUAAAAGUAAUGGCCAGUCUGGGCCGGUCGAAGAAAGCGAGAGCCGAUCAGCUGAAGCGGGCAAAUGCAAAAGCCAACGGAUUGAAGGAGGCCUGA